AUGGCGCAAUGGUCCAAGCUUGCCGCGGCCUCGCGCGUGCUCCGCCGGAGCACGACCAUGAAGGCGCCGCUCCUGCGCGCCUUUAGCUCGGCGCCGCACCCGUCCGAGUCGUUCAUCAACGGCACCAACAACGUCUACGUCGAAGAGAUGUACCGGUCGUGGACCACGGACCCGUCGAGCGUGCACAAGAGCUGGGAUGUCUACUUUCGCCAAGUCGACCAAGGCGCGGUGCCCGGCGAGGCCUUUAUCCCGCCGCCGACGAGCCGCGGUCACGAGAUGGCCAACUUGGACCCGCUUGGCCUGCAGGAGCGCCCGGUGCUCCCGGAGCUCGACAUCAAGAUGUACGGCUUUACGGACGCGGACCUUGACAAGACGAUCGACAUCCCGAAGAACUUUGCGUCGGGUGUCACGGGCUUCUUGGAAGAGCUCACGGAGGGCCAGAACCCGACGCUCGGCCAGAUCGUGCAGCGCCUCAAGGAAACGUACUGCAGUUCGAUCGGCGUGCAAUACAUGCACAUCCCGGACCGCGAAAAGUGCAACUGGAUUCGCACGCACGUCGAGCACCUUGUGAAGAAGGAAGAGUCCAAGGAGAAGAAGAUGCACAUCCUCGAGCGUCUCGCCUUCUCGGUCAACUUUGAAAAGUUCCUUGGCAACAAGUACAACACGACCAAGCGCUUUGGUCUCGACGGUGGCGAGUCGCUCAUCCCGGGCCUCAAGUACAUGAUUGACCGUGCGACCGAAAUGGGCAUGGAACACGUCGUCGUCGGCAUGCCCCAUCGUGGCCGCCUCAACGUGCUCGCCAACGUGAUUCGCAAGCCGAUCCAGCAGAUCUUCAAGGAGUUCCAGGGCACGCAUUUUGACUUGGACAAGUACGUCAACGACGUGGACGACUGGAGCAACUCGGGCGACGUCAAGUACCAUCUCGGCACGUCGUUUGACCGCACGUACCCGGACGGCCGCAAGGUGCACUUGAGCCUCGUCGCCAACCCGUCGCACCUCGAGGCGGUCAACCCCGUCGUCGAAGGCAAGGUCCGCGCCAAGCAGUACUACCUCGGCAACGACGACGACGCCGAGAAGAAGGUGAUGCCGCUCCUCCUCCACGGUGACGCGGCCUUUAGCGGCCAAGGCGUGGUCUACGAGACCAUGCAUCUCUCGGAGCUCGAAAACUACGACACGGGUGGUACCGUCCACGUCGUGGUCAACAACCAGAUUGGGUUCACGACCGACCCGAAGAACUCGCGCUCGUCGCAGUACUGCUCGGACGUCGGCAAGGCCAUGAACGUGCCGAUCUUCCACGUCAACGGCGACGACCCGGUCGCCGUCGUCAAGGUCUUUGAGCUCGCGGCCGAGUGGCGCCAGACAUGGCGCUCGGACGUCAUCAUCAACCUCACGUGCUACCGCAAGUUUGGCCACAACGAGAUCGACAACCCGUUCUUUACGCAGCCGCUCAUGUACAAGAAGAUCGGCUCGAUGCCCAACGUGCUCGACACGUACGCGCAGCAGCUCGUGGCCUCGGGCGUCGCGACCAUGGCCGAGACGGACGCGGUCAUCUCCAAGGUGUGGGACUUUUUCGGCCGCACGUUUGAGGAAAGCAAGAACUGGGAAGACUCGAAGAAGUCGGACUGGCUCGCGAACCGCUGGGAGUCGUUCAAGAGCCCGACGCAGCAGUCGCGCAUCCGCCCGACCGGCGUCGAGAUCGACACGCUCAAGAAGAUUGGCGACAAGCUCACGACGGUCCCGGACGGCUUUGAGCUCAACUCGCAGCUCAAGCGUAUCAUUUCGACCAAGCGGGCGUCGAUCGAAACCGGCGAGGGCCUCGACUGGAGCUCGGGCGAGGCGCUUGCUUGGGGCUCGCUCCUCCUCGAGGGCAACCACGUGCGCAUUUCGGGCCAGGACGUUGAGCGUGGUACGUUCUCCCACCGCCACGCGGUCCUCCACGACCAAAAGACCAACAACGAGCACGUCCCGCUCAACACGCUCGCGCCGACGCUAACCCGUCGGCGCCGCUGUAACUCGUCGCUCUCGGAGUUUGGCGUCCUCGGCUUUGAGCUCGGCUACUCGCUCGAGAACCCGAACGCACUCGUCAUGUGGGAAGCCCAGUUUGGCGACUUUGCCAACGGCGCGCAGAUCAUCAUUGAUCAGUUUUUGAGCGCGGGCGAAGACAAGUGGAUGCGCCAGUCGGGCCUUGUGAUGCUCUUGCCGCACGGCUACGAGGGCCAGGGCGCCGAGCACUCGUCGUGCCGCAUCGAGCGCUUCCUCCAGCAGACGGACGACGACCCGAACGUCGUGCCGCCGAUGGACGAAGACCACCGCAUGCAGAUCCAGCAGACCAACUGGCAGAUCGUGUACUGCUCGACGCCGGCCCAGUACUUCCACGUGCUCCGCCGCCAGCUGCACCGUGAGUUCCGCAAGCCGCUCAUCUCGGUCCAGCCCAAGUCGCUGCUGCGGUUGAAGCAGGCAUCGUCGUCGCUCGCCGAGAUGGGCCCGGGCACCAAGUUCCACCGCGUCCUCGGCGACGACGCGUCGCUUGUCGCGAACGACAAGGUCAAGCGCGUGCUCUUCUGCUCGGGCAAGAUCUACUACGACCUUGCCGCCGAGCGCGAGGCCAACAAGAUUGACGACAUUGCGAUCGUCCGCGUCGAGCAGAUCGCGCCCUUCCCGUUCGACAAGGUCGCCGAGUACUCGGCCAAGUACCCGAACGCCGAAGUCAAGUGGGUCCAGGAAGAGCCCGAAAACAUGGGCUUCUGGACGUAUGUGAGCCCGCGCUUCGAGACGGCGCUCAAGACGAUCAACCAGGACACGCGCCGUCCGUCGUACAUUGGCCGUGUCGCGUCGGCUGCCCCGCCACGGGCGCUCGGCUUGCAGACCAAGUAA